AUGGCACAAACGCCAGACUCGAAUGGUCUGACCUCAUCGCGUUCCUCAGCUGCCGCACCUUGGACAGCGCCGCAUGUCGCCAGCCAAGCUACCGUCGUCGACCUCAUCGACGUUUACUUCGAAGUUGUUUAUCCGAUUUUCCCUCUGUUUCAUCGUCCUAGUUUCUUGCGCAAGAUAUCUCGCGGUGAAUACGGGAACUCUCCGGAGAUGUUCGCUGUGACAAUGGCGGCUUGUGCUCUCGCCUCUGCUCGGGCGGCUGAUAAUGCUCUAUUCGACUCCACCUGGGAUGGCCAGACUCUCGGGAGCACCUCUUCAUCAGUCUUCUACGAAGCGGCUAUCAAUGCUUUGCCGAAAACAGACACACCAGAGCAGAGCCUGAACCUUAUGCGGGCGUAUGCACUGCUGUCACUUACUGCUAUUCAACAGGGCGACUCCCGUGACAUGCAGGCCUACCUCGGCAAGUACCACGCCCUGGUAGCUAUGGAUGGCUUGCAUGACGAGGCCAAUUGGCCCCGAGACCUCACAAUAGUUGAAUUGGAAGAACGCCGGCGGCUGUAUUGGUCCAUGUACACCCUUGACAUCUUUUCUUGCAUCGUUUUCAACAGCGUGAUUCGUAGUCGGGAAGAACAAUCAAGCGUUCGAUAUACGACAGAGCUAGACGAUGCUUACUUCGAUAACACCGGCUACAGAAAUGAGCCCCAAUCUCCGGUCGAUGUCACCACUCCGUCAUCCAAUGUCUCACCAGAUAGUUGGGUGCACGGAUGGAACAUUACAACCGAUUUGUGGCGCCUGCUCGAACACGUCACAAUGAAGCUGCACAGUCAUACUAAGAAGAAGCGCUCUUUCUUGGAGGUUGCUGCCAAUUUUGACGCGUCACCCUCUGCUAGAACACUCCAAGCUGAGGUAGAUCGCAUAUACUACGGCUUGCCAUUUCAUUUCCGGGAGAUCAACGAGAGAACAGGAGACCAGGCCAAGGACCGAUACGGAUUUCAAGCCGCGAACAUCACUGCUACUGUGCAGCUUUUGCGAAUGGUCCUUCUUGCAUCAGAGCAGAAUACUAUUGAACAGCGCUGCCAGGUCGUUAGCGAGGUUGUCAACGCUUUCAUGCGCAUACCAUCAUCAUAUCUGCGCGCCAUUAGCUCUCCAUUGCUGCACCACCUGAGUGGUAUUGGUUCAGUGCUCGGAGGCGUUCUCGAAGAGCCCUUACUAGAUUACCAAUAUCAACAGGUCCGCACGGUUCUUCUGUCUCUAGCACAGCUUCUGGAAAAUCUGGACAUCGGCUUUCACUCGAUCAAAUCGGCGCAUAAACUAAGAGCUCUUGUCGUUCAGAUAGACGAGCACAUGGCAUCCCGGAGGAGUGGGCCUUCGACUGCAACCUUGUAUUCGGAACCCCACAAUCGCGACUUGCAGCUACCACAAGACGUACUGUCGGAACUCGGCGACUGCAAGGUCGACCAUCUGGAACUCAAGACUUCUGAUGAAUAUAAGAGCACUGUGAAUCCUCAUGCUACAGCUCACAACAAGUUUCGGUCUCUUUUCUGCAGUAUGGUUUUCCAACCAUGGCGGCGCAUUCCUGGCAAGGUUCUGAUGUUCCUCAUCAAUGCCUUCAUCUUCAUCGCCCUUAUUUUUGAGGGAUACAACCAAGGUGUUCUCGGCACGGUUUCUGGAACUCCAGGCUUCAUCGACACCAUGCACAUUGGUGCUGAUGGUAUUGUAACGGACUCAACUAAGCAAGGCGGUCUCUCUGCCUCGUACUAUUUUGGAGCCUUGUUUGGAGCCUUUAUUGGUGGAUGGAUCGGAGACAGGUACGGCAGAAAAGUUGGUGUCUUUGCUGGUGCAUGGCAAGGUGUACUCGGCGGAGCGCUGCAAGCCGGCAGUAUCAACUCUGAUAUGUUCAUCUGCGGCCGAGUUAUCACUGGUCUUGGGAUGGGCUUCGUGAUGGCUAUCGUGCCUCCUUGGGUUUCCGAGCUGUCUCAAGCACACGAUCGCGGUUCCAACUUUUCGUUCAUCUUCGUCGCCAAUUUCCUAGGGAUCACGAUUGCCAACUGGCUCAAUUUCGGCGUGCGCAACUCCGCCAUCGAAUUCAGGUGGCGCUUCCCGCUAGGCUUCAUGUGCGUUCCGGUUUCCAUCGUCGCCAUCACGGUGAUGCUGCUGCCAGAAUCGCCAAGAUGGUUGAUGGCGCACGAUAGGCGGGACGAAGCUGUCCAGAUAUUGUGCAAAGUACGAGGGGACAUUGAACCCACCGACCCGACGAUCAAGGAAGAACUCGAACAUCUUCAUGCCAUUGUGGAAGCAUCCAAGCAUCCGAGAAAUAGCUAUAUCAACCUGGCUCUGGGCGGGCGACACUCAGGCGUCUUGCAUCUCGGUCGACGAGCAAUUCUCGGGUUCGCGCUGCAACAGGUUCAGAUGUGGUCAGGCAUCAUCGCCGUUGUGACCUGGAGCAGUAAAUUAUUCUCACUAGCGGGCUUCGACGAACUCAAAUCCUUGUGGAUGAGUGGCUUGGUCAACACUCUGGGAAUCUUCGGUACAGCAGCGGCAGGUUUCGUCAUCGAUCGCAUCGGUCGCCGCAUGAGCCUGCUAGUCUCUUUCAUUAUCCAGGGUAUUGCGCUGUUCAUCGUCGCUGCUCUUAUCAAGUCGUCCGAAGGCUAUGCGGAAAGCGACCCGGGCAAGUCGGAGAGCCUUGGCCAGGCUGCUGCCUCGUUCGUCUUCAUUUACCUAUGGUUCUUCACCAUGUUCAACAUUGUUCCCUCCUGGCUCUACGGCACUGAAAUCUGGCCACAGGACGUCAGAGCGAAGGGCUACUCAUUCACCAUCCUCGGCUGGGCGAUUGGCUGUGGCAUGACCACGUUCCUUAUCCCUAUCAUGCUGUCAGAGAUCGGCUGGUAUACAUUCAUCUUCUUCGGUAUCAUGAACGCCGUGGCUAUACCGUUGAUCUACUUGUUCUACGUUGAGCCUGCAGGUCAUAGCUUGGAGGAAGUCAAUCUGCUAUUCACAAGCGACAGUCCCUUUGUCAAGCGCAACAACGAGGAAUAUGAGAGGAGAGUUGCGGCCGCGGGUGGGAAUUCGGCCGUUGCUGUGCGCCGGCUUAUGGAAGAGGUGGAUGGUCUGGUCACUCCUGAGGAGUUGAAGUCUGAUGAGUUGAGGGUGGAGGACGCGAAGGCUUAG